AGAUUUUGAUGGUUGAGCGCGAUUGGCUGGAAAGGGUGGAAAGGUGGGCCUCACAAAUUUGAUUUAUAUUUGGCCCACUCUCUCUGUUUUUCUCUGUUUCUCUAAUUCUUUCUUCUUUCUCCUUGGAAACUCAAAAUCAAGGAAAAGAAGAAGGUGGAAACAAAAACAUUGCAUUACGUAAAAAAUAUAUACAUACAUUCAGUUCCAGUGAAGCCACAACCAUCCAUCCAUGGCGGAGAAGGGUAAACCAUUGCCUAAGUUUGGGGAAUGGGAUGUGACCGAUCCAUCAUCGGCUAAUGAUUUCUCUGUAAUCUUCAACAAAGCCAGGAAUGAGAGGAAGUAUGGUACUAAGGUCAGUUUACCCCCUAAGCGUCGCAAUUCACCAAACUACAACGCUCAUGAUGCACUUCGCAAAUCCCAUUAUAAAAAAUGGUUCUGCUGUAUGACCAGAUCUGCAGAGCCAUGAGGAGGCUUUUCAGUUCAUGACAGUUUAGAAAUAUGAUAUGGGACUCCGGAGCUUCAUUAAAGCUAUGGUGGGUCCUGCUGGAAUCUUUGAUCAUAUAUAUACAUACUUAGUGUACAUUAUGGCUUGACUAGGAAACGAAUAUCGCAUUGAAACAUGCGAUUUCUGGGGUGUGUUCAAAAAUUAUUGGUUUCACACCUCAUCCACUCGAGAUUUUUUUAAUUUUUUUAUCCAUUCAAGUUUCCCUCUAUUAUUCAUGUAAAGAGGAAUUUGAUAAUUUUAUGUAACUGUGUUCUUAUUUGUGGACGUAGAUGGCAUCGUUUGCCAUCUUUCUGUCGUCCCAUUAAGCAAAUAAUAAUAAUAUAUAAUAUUAUAUAAAGAAAGCAAUCCAAGGGCUCUAUUUGUAC